CUUUCGACAUUUGAUCGCCAUAAAAGCGAGCUAGAGCCUCCAACCGCGAUAAUCUGCCGUCGGAGAUCAACCGUUUACAGAGGACAGCUUCCCGAACACAAGCGCAAAAUGAAAGCGUUCAUCGUCGUUUGCCUUUUUUCGGCGGCCGCCUUGACGAAUGCGCGAAGCGCAGGUCGUCUGGGAGGCGACGCAGGAGUCGGAGGGCGAGCAAACGCUGAGCUGCGUGCCGGUGUCGAUAAGAUUGGCCCUCACGGAUUCCCAGGGCGUACUGUCUCUAUUGGAGGAAAUGCAGGCAUAAAUAUCGGCGGAACUGCUGGAUUGGGAGUAAGCAGCUACGGCUACGGAGCCCCUGGAUUGGGCGGUGGUUACGGCGGUUAUCCAUACGGUGGAUACGGCGGAUAUGGCGGAUACGGUGGAUACGGUGGAUAUGGUGGAUAUGGUGGAUAUGGUGGAUACGAUACAGGUUACGGAUCUCCGUACGAGGGCGGAUAUUAUGGUGCCACUCCUGGCUAUGGCUAUGGCUAUGGCUAUCCGAGUGGAUACUAUAGUGCACCUGGCUACAGCUACAAUGGUGGCUCCAAUGGCUUCUAUCCCGCAACAUCUGGCAGUUCCGGCUGGAAUACGGUCCGCUCGGCAGUAACAGGAGGAGCUAGAUCCUCAGGCAGCGGGAGCGCUUCAGCUGGUGUCACACCUGCUGUUACCUCUUCAAGCUCAUCAUCGUAAGACCUCAGACACCAGCAUGCCUAGGAUUACGGAGAUCCUCAAAUAUGUUACGCUAGAAAUUUCCAAAGAACUGUGCUCCACAAGGCUGCGUACAAACCGGACAAAUCAUUCUCCUAACCUGCGUUUUCUUAAGCAAGCAUUACUUGCGCAUUUUUGCCUUAAGAUAUACUUAUCGGACAAGUCGGACUGCACGCUGUUCAAUAAAGCUGCAACACAACCCUCA